CAUGCCCAUGCCCCUCCCUUUUAUGGUUCUCUCUCAGUGACGUUGUUUCAUUUACGUAGUACUUACUUAUCUCCAUACCUUCGUAUCUACAUAUCUCAGCCUCCUUCUUCAACUCCCCGUCUCCUCAACCAUGAUCAUAGCCCACAAUCGACUCUACAACAGCACCGAUAAUAUGGAUCAACAAGAACCACCAGAGUUUAUCCUCGACGUAUUCGCCGACCCGCGCUCGGUUCGUGAGGUAGUCAAAGGAAUACUGCAUACCAUAUUCUUCAAUCGAUUUUUCCCUUCCAUCGUCCCACAAACCCGCGAGGUCCUUGACACGACGCUUCCCUAUGUUGACGACGACGAGCUUGAGACUAUGAUAGAUCAACGCGUCGCGGCACUUGAGCGUCAGAUCGAUGUCCAGCGCUCAUCGGGUGGUGCUAACAGCGCCAGCACCGGAAAUGGUAACGGUGGGCGUGGUCAGCUCGUUGUCCAGUUUUUCGAGAAACGUCGUCGCAAAGCUUGGCUGUCCCGUGGCGACGAAGAGGUCUGUUGGGAGUGUUGGACCAUCAAAGUCACUGUCGCCGAGCCAAGAACGGAGAGUGGUAUGGGCCCUCCUUCUCGCUAUAGGAAGAAAAAAAAACCCCAAAAAAAACCAAGGGAAUUGCUAAUACGUGGUUUAGAACGUGCUAAAGUUCGACGAGCAAUGGAGCAGACCCUGUCAGCAACAGCGAUGAAGAUUGUCGCAUUCGUCAAUACACACAAAGAUCACAUACCGCCCAUCACAACCCAGGGUACUAACCCAUUCCCCUACAAGAUCAACAUUGACCAAAAAGAGGCGGCAGGUUGGGCAACACGGAUGCGUAUAUACUAAAUGGUGAGCUCCGAGGAGUUUCACACUCCAAGAUCCUUUGGGGCUUGCGGCGCUUACGUUGCCUCGACCUUGCGGUACCUUUGUAGACACAAUUUCCUCUGGGACAGGUCAAUGAGGGACUUGUUGAAUAGGCUACAGAAGUCUGGGGCUGACCAGGCUUGGUGAAUGAUAUAGGAGAUCCAUUCUCUGGGAUGAAUAGAUCAAAGGCGUUAAAGGAGUCAUGACUAAUAACCAGUAUACAUAGGUCAUUCAUAAUUGAUACCCCUUCCCAACAACAUGACGUACGACUCGUAUGCCUGCCAGUGACACACGAGAGAAGUGCCUCCGCCAAAACGAAGCCCAGAUCGGGUGUCUCAGCCACUUGUGCAUUAUCUGAACGAAACACGGGAUAAUGGCUGGUCGAGAUGCCUGGAGAGACAAGAUCUGAUUCAUCGGCAAUAAGUCACAGCGAGGCACACAGUAUUGACUUUGCAUCAGUGUAGUAAAUCUUAAUAAGCACUGUCAUUGAGGACAAAGUGUAAAUAAUAGCU